AUGGUCAACAUUUCAGAAGGCACCUUUACGGUGAACGGCCAGGAGCUGUACACCAAGACGUGGCUGCCUGACGGCCCCGUCCGUGCCAAGCUCAUCGCCAUCCACGGCUUCAGCGACCACAUCAACAACUACCGCGAAUUCUUCCCCACCCUCGCCGAACGCGGCAUCGCCGUCUACGGUUUCGACCAGCGCGGCUGGGGCCGCAGCGUCCAGAAACCCGCCGACAAGGGCCGCUCGGGGCCCACGGCCACGGUCUUGGCCGACAUUGUCGCCUUCAUCAAGCCGCACCUCGGCGACGAGACGCCCGUCUUUGUGGCCGGCCACUCCAUGGGCGGCAACGAGGUCGCCACGCUCAUGGCGGCGCCCGCCGGCUCGGCGCACGAGGCGGAGGUCGUGUCCAAGGUCCGCGGCUGGCUGCUCGAGGCGCCCUUUUUCGGGUUCCCCGCCGGCGAGGAGCCCAGCGCCCUGAAGAUUUCCGUGGGCCGCCUCGCGAGCCGCCUGCUGCCCAACUUCCAGAUCAAGAACAAGAUCCCCGUCGCGUACCUCAGCCGCGACAAGGACAUCCGGGCCGCACUCGAGGCCGAUCCGCUGUGCCACGACACGGGCACCCUCGAGGGCUUGGCGGCCCUGCUGGACCGUGUGACGGAGAUUGCCCAGGGCCGCGUGAAGCCGGGCCCCAGCGUCAAGAGCAUCUGGGUGGGCCACGGCGACGCCGACAAGUGCACCAGCUUCGUCGCCAGCAAGAAGUGGUUCGACACGUCGGCAACGGCCGUCCCGGACAAGACCUUCCGCAGCUACGAGAAGUGGGUGCACCAGCUGCACGGCGAGCCCCUGGCGGACCGCCAGCUGUUUUACCGCGAGGUCGGCGACUGGAUUCUGGAGCGCGCCGGCGGUGCCAAGGAAGACGCGGCUGGUGCUGCUGCUGACGCCCUUGUCUCUGCUCCUGCUGCCGAUACCGACGGCGCUCCUGCUGUGCAAGAUGCCCCUGCUACGGAGGCAGCUGCUGCUACUGCUGCGGCCGAGUCAAAGCUGUAA